GGCCAAAUGAAUGAUCAAAAGUGGUGUUUAUGGUGGAAUAAAUAAAUUACCGUUUAAGCAAUUUAAACUGUCUUGUUACGCAAAAUGUUCUGAAUAUAUUUGAGAGCUUCCAGCUGUGCGCAAACGAAGAAUUUUCUGGAUGAGCAUUCGUCGAACUGUUUAUAAUUACAGAAUACAAAAUAAUUUGACAUACUUGAAUUGAUAUCCAUCAGCAGUUCUACUACAAUAGAAUGGGAGGUUCCAAAAAAACAGAUCCUAAAGGUUGCCUUUUCUCGCUAUUGUACUCAUUGGGAUCGUUCAGUUUAGCAUGUGGUAGUUUAUGGGAAUUGAACCCGUCUGACCGGAUCACCGUGCAAAAGGGAGCACUGCUUAUUAGCUUAGGAUUUGUGUACUUUGUCGCGUUAACUGAGUUCCUGAAUAAACUCAUACUGCGAACAAGCUUUGGACUUAAUUUUGUCAAAAGAUAUCGUCUGAGGAUUUCCGAUGUACUUGACAUUACUAACAAAAUUGUUUCUGCUGUCCAGGCGAUGUUUUCCUGUAUUGCCGGAUUCUUCGUUUGUCGGUGGUCAUGUCCCCGAAACUUUUUACAAGCUUCUCACUUUUUGUCCGAAUCAUACGCAUGGUUUGCCGCGUCUUAUUUUUUCUACGACAUUUGGUCUAUGUACAAGGUAUAUGCAGCUGAGGCCUCAAAUAAGCUCAAGGCUACGCUCGGCUUGAUGGUCAACGGUAAUGGAACAAUGGCAGCAGCGGCAAACGUUGAAAAACUGAAUAGUUCAGUUUUGGUAUCGUCCAGCGCUGAUGGUAAAAGCUUAGCGGUACAAGCUUUAGAAGACAUUCCGAGCAUUAGUAACGGCACCCUGAGUAUUCUACUGUCUAGUAAACUGGGAACACCAAGUUUCGCACGAUAUUUAAUUACUCAUAAAUUAAUGGUUUUUCAUCAUCUGUUUAUUGGAUCAUAUGGAUUGGCUGUAAUAUCGUUUCUCCGCGGCGGACUGGGAGAUUGUGUUUUCAGUUUCAUGUACAUGAUGGAACUAUCGACACCGUUCGUAUCAUUCCGUAGUAUAUUAAGUGUGAUGGGAUUAAAGGAAAGUAAAGCAUAUGUAGUAAAUGGACUUGUAAUGCUGUUCACAUUUUUCUGGUGUCGAGUUUUUUUAAUGCCGUAUGUGUGCUACUAUUACAGCCAAGUUGUCAACUUACCAUUCUUCGAAGCAGUAUGGCGUCUUCCACGUGGAUGCAAAAUAAGCAUUAUAGCUUUAUUUUUACCUCAAUUAUAUUGGUUCCGUUUGAUGCUGCGAGGAGCAAUCAAGGUCUUUACUGCCAACAAAAAAAAAUCUAACAAUGAAACCAUGCGUAAUGGAACAGCUAACAAUGUUUUGAAAUCCUCGCAAUCCAAAGAUAACGAAAUAAGAUCGCUAAUGUAAGCGCAUGUCAUUUAUUUUUUAUUUUUUUAGUUUCAUUUAUUUUAUUAUUUGGAUAAUGAAACAUGAUAUCUUGCGUAAUUUUCAACAGGUCCUAAGUAACAUUGGAUGAUUUUCUUCGGUUGUACUCUCUUUCGACUAUCACUGAUUAUGAAAGGGCUACAACGCAAGUUUUCUUAAUCGUUAGCAAGCUGAUGACGUAGCAACUGAUUCGUUCAACUUAAGUGCGUUUUAAUCGCCGUGAUAGGCGGAAGAGUGGAACGAGGGAGAAAAUCUCUCAUAGGUACUUAAGUCCUUGAAAACUUACGCGAGAUUUAUAUAGUAUAAAAUGCAAGUAUGCAUCUUGGUAGCACUGUGUCUACUUUAAUUCGACAAAAGCAGCAUAGUUUUGUCUAUGUUAUUUUUGUAUAUUUUGCAUCAAUACUUUCUUUUGCACGCGCUAGUCAUAGGGGUAUAAAUAUCUAUAGUAUACAAGUCACCUAUCAAAUUGUGACGCUUUUCCAGUACAUUGACGGUUUUUAUUUUCUUUUUAAUGCAUAAUUCGACGUUCCAAUGAAAGUAUGUCAUAGUUGCCCAAUGAAUAAUAAUACUAUACAGUGAUACAAAUCCGUAUUCGUAUGGCAACAUGCAGAUUUCAUUUUUCUACAUUUGAAAGUUUAGCAGAAAUUUGAGGGACAUGUUAUUUAUGUAAAGUCAUAGUGUCAGAUGUUAAUUUGAAGGUAUGAUAUCUGGUUUUAGAAAAAUAUUUUUUAAUUAAUCUGAAAAAAAAAUAUAAAUUAGCGUACCGUCUUCCGGGGAUACUUGCAAUACUUUUGAACUUUGACUUGGUAUAACUUUCGAAGUGUACCUUUUAGGUCCAAGUGCAAGUACCCAAAACUUGUAUAGUGAUUAGUACUUUUGACUUAUGAUUAUGAGAAAAAAUAUCAACUAAAUGAAUCUGUAGAAUGAAUCGUAAAUAGGGGUGUUGCAAGUUACCCAGUAAACGGGGUUACUUGCAACACUUUUCUGAUUUUACGUUUCUCAUGAUUUUAAAUUUGAUUCCAACCCGCGAAUGACUAUUUUUAGAUAUUUAGAAUGUAUUUAUAGUAAAAUAAGAGAUACUGGAGGAAUGUUUUGUUUCGCAACUUCGUCUAUCGCUUUUUUAAAGAUAUUCGGUGAAAUUGCAGCAUGUCGGCAAACUCCAAAUUGCCGCUUGAAGGUACGUGGAAUUUUUCACAAUUUCGAUUUUUCUGGAGAUGAAAGUAGACAAAAUAAAAUCGUACAGAUGCAAACUUAUUUUGUAUAUACUGUUUAUUACGAUAAUUAUCUAAUUUACAAGUGCUGCAAGCCGCGCCAUAUUGGAAGUAACAACACGACUUCAUCGUUUCUUCUCCAAGUUCAAAAUAUAAACAAAGUUCAAAGUUGCUAUUUGUUAGCUUAUAUGAUGCACUAAUUGUGUACAGGAACCAAACGAUAAAAAAUAAUUUCAUGUCAAUGAACUGAUGCAACUAUGCACAUUCAUUUUUCCUACUCUGAAAGUGAGAUUACUUUCCACUCGUAUAAAAACAAGCAAAACAAUGAUAUAAUGGAUUAAACUUAACUAAACAGUAGGUAAACGUCCCUUUUUUAAAAUGGCUAUGUUAACAAACAAAUGCGUUAGAGCUGUUAAAAGCGCGAUGCGCAGAAGUGUUGCAAGUAACCCCGGUGUUGCAAGUAUCCCCGGAUGACGGUAUGAAAAAAUCCACUCAAAUUCAUAUUCGUGCGGCAUUCGAAUUAACAGUUUUGAUUUCGCAGAUGUGGCUUAAUUUCAAAAAUUUAGACGCGAAUGACCAUUAGGGUUAAAACGUCUAUAAAAAAAAAUUUCAAAAAUUAGUAUUUAGUAUGGUAUCCCUUGGUCAUUGCAACUGCCUUUAGUAGUUUUGGAAUGCUGUCAACGAGUUUUUUCGUGUAUUCGGUGGGAAUUUGAUCCCAUUCGUCCUUCAAGUGCUUUCUAAGAUCGUUUUUGUUAGAAAUCUGAAGGUUUCUGACUUUUUUUGUCGAAAUAUUCCAAAAGGUUUUCAAUGGGAGUGAUGUCUGGAGAUAUUGUGGUGGAGUAUCAAUAAGUUAUGAGCAGUUGUAAAGUAACCAUGUGCGUUUCUUAAGUGCUUUGGGUCAUUGCCUCGGUAAAACUUGACCCUUGGCUUCAAAUUUUGCUUUAAAAUGUCCAAAUAAACAUUUUGAUCCAUUAUGCCAUUGAUGAAGACUAAAUUGCCAACUCCUUUAGCCGUAAUCCACCUACGCUAAUUUUUUUUCAGAUAAAUAAAAAAUAUUUUUCUCUAACCAGAUAUCAUACCUUAAAAUUAACAUCUGACACUAUGAUUUUACAUAAAUAACAUGUCCCUAAAAUUUCUAUUAAAUUUUCAAAACGAAAUCUGCAUGUUGCCGUAGGAAUACGGAUUUGUAUCACUGUAGUUGCCUAGGUAAUGAAAAUAAAACUAAAUGCUAGUCGUUAAAUGAGCCACGCAAUGAAGAGUUGUAUUCUUCUGAGUAUACAAUUAAAUUUGCUAUCUUGCAUUGAGGGUUAAAAUUAACAAGUUUUUAGACAGUACUAACAGUAUCUAUCAAUGCAUGUAUCCGGUACUAAUGCUAUGCAACAAGUGAUAAAUUUCGUAUGCUAUAACACAAAGCACAUUGGCACGAUUGUUCAAAAUGGAAAUCGCUCGAGCAACUUGUAAGUCGUUUGAAACCGUAAAUAUUAUGAAUAAAAAUUGCAGGUAUUGUGCUUACUAGUUUCACUUGGAAUUUAAAAACCCGGUAUAUAAAAUUUUAUACAGAAGACUGCUCGGUAUAACCGCCCAUAACCCAGUUUUGAAAUCAGUAACGCAAUUUAAAACAAUGUAUCAUUAAGUUUUCGAGUAUUGUUUUUAAUUUUUUGUUUUUUAUUUUUUAUUUGGAGCGUUAUACUGUUGGUUUUAUAUAUUCUUUACUGCUAAAUUGUGAACCUAGUUCAUUUAUAUUCGGGUAGUCAGUCAGUCAGUCAGUCAGUUUGUUUUCUUUUACAUUUGGACAGUAAUCACAUCUUAAUUGAAUGGAAUUAGUAUGUUCGAAAUUUUAAAAGUUCUUUGGAAUUAAAGAUUAUGAAUAUCAAUGUAAAAGAGCUUUCAUUUUUAAACAAAUAUACACGUAUACAACAUGUUUGGAUAUAUUUUUAAUUGUAAGUGUGCAGCCUACUGUAGUAGCGUAGCGUUAUAAAAAUUACCCUUAAAAAUGAAUUGACUGUAUCAGCAACAGGCAUUAUGUGUAAAUGGAGACACAAUCUAAAAUCAUAGCAGCCGUUGAACAAAAUUCUUAUUGCUAUAAAAUGUAAUUAAAGCCAAAAGACUAGAGUUAUUUGUUAAGUAAUUGGGAACUAUAACACUACCUAUUAUCAUAGAAUACAGUAAAAAGUUAUCUUCCCUGAAAACACGCAGUACCUAAAUGCGUGCUGUUCAUAUACGCUAACGUAUAGGUAUCCGAUGUUCAAUGUUUAUUCGGUAAGACCAGAAACUGUUUAUUGGGCAGAAUAUGAACCACCUGUUUUUAUGAUGUUAAUAAUUGACAAAGUGAAAAUAACACUAUUUUUGAAUUUUAGCGGUAAAACUGCACUACACUUAUUUAAAAAUAGUGAAGCGCGAAAAACAAACUACUCCGAUGUUAUGUGUAAUAGUCGGUGAUAAUACAGGCUUUUGUA